UCGGAUGCUGCAGGGGCUCCUGGGCUCCGACGACGAAGAACAGGAAGAUCCCAAGGAUUACUGCAAGGGUGGCUACUACCCUGUGAAGAUUGGCGACCUGUUCAAUGGACGAUACCACGUGGUUCGCAAGCUGGGCUGGGGCCACUUCUCCACCGUGUGGCUCUGCUGGGACAUCCAGCGCAAGCGCUUCGUGGCCCUGAAAGUAGUCAAGAGCGCGGGGCAUUACACAGAGACAGCUGUGGAUGAGAUCAAGCUCCUGAAAUGUGUCCGGGACAGUGACCCCAGUGACCCCAAAAGAGAGACCAUUGUCCAGCUCAUUGAUGAUUUCAGGAUCUCCGGGGUUAAUGGAGUCCAUGUGUGCAUGGUGCUGGAGGUGCUGGGCCACCAGCUCCUCAAGUGGAUCAUCAAGUCCAACUACCAGGGUCUGCCUGUGCCCUGCGUAAAGAGCAUCGUGAGGCAGGUGCUGCACGGCCUGGACUACCUCCACACCAAGUGCAAGAUCAUCCACACAGACAUCAAGCCUGAGAACAUCCUGCUGUGCGUGGGGGACGCCUACAUCAGGCGCCUGGCCGCCGAGGCCACCGAGUGGCAGCAGUCAGGGGCCCCGCCCCCGUCCCGCUCCACAGUCAGCACUGCCCCCCAGGAGGUCUUGCAGACCGGGAAGCUGUCCAAAAACAAGAGGAAGAAGAUGAGACGCAAACGGAAGCAGCAGAAGCGGCUGCUGGAGGAGCGCUUGCGGGACCUACAGAGGCUGGAGGCCAUGGAGGCGGCAGCCGAGGACUCUGGCUUGAGGCUCGAGGCGGGCAGCGGCUCCACCUCAUCUUCUGGCUGCCACCCCGGGGGCGCUGGGGCCGGCCCCUCGCCAGCUUCCUCCUCCCCGGCCCCAGGGGGUGGCCGCAGCCUCAGUGCCGGCUCGCAGACCUCCGGCUUCUCGGGCUCCCUGUUCUCUGCGGCCUCAUGCUCCGUCCUCUCGGGCUCGUCCAAUCAGCGCGAGACCGGGGGCCUCCUGUCGCCCAGCACACCAUUUGGUGCCUCGAAUCUUCUGGUGAACCCCCUGGAGCCCCAAAAUGCUGACAAGAUCAAGAUCAAGAUCGCAGACCUGGGCAACGCCUGCUGGGUGGUACAAGAGCACCCUGGAGAGCAGAGCUCUGGGCUGAGGGGGGAGGCACAGCACAAGCACUUUACUGAGGACAUCCAGACUCGGCAGUACCGGGCCGUGGAGGUGCUGAUCGGGGCUGAGUACGGGCCCCCAGCGGACAUCUGGAGCACGGCGUGCAUGGCCUUCGAGCUGGCCACCGGGGACUACCUAUUCGAGCCUCACUCUGGAGAGGACUACAGUCGUGACGAGGACCACAUCGCUCACAUCGUGGAGCUUCUGGGAGACAUCCCUCCGGCCUUCGCGCUCUCAGGCCGCUACUCCCGGGAGUUCUUCAACCGCAGAGGGGAGCUGCGGCACAUCCACAACCUCAAGCACUGGGGCCUCUAUGAGGUUCUCAUGGAGAAGUACGAGUGGCCCCUGGAGCAGGCCACGCAGUUCAGCGCCUUCCUGCUGCCCAUGAUGGAGUACAUCCCUGAAAAGCGGGCCAGCGCUGCCGACUGCCUCCAGCACCCCUGGCUCAAUCCCUAGGCCCUGCUGUGGCUUGGGGCAGCUUGGGCCAGGCCUGCUGCGC